AUGGCUUCUACAACACCGUCUCUCGGAACUCGUCUCUACGCAGGUGUCUCCGUGACUCUCCUCUCUCUGUGGGCCACAACCGCUUUGAGCUUUACUGCCCUCGACAUUCUGAACACGAACCGCAGCCUUGUGGAACCAAUCGCCUCCAUCAGCCUUUUGACCUACUUGAUCUGCCGCGUAAUUGUGUUGUUGCAACCCGGCCAAGAUGACUCCAUCGCACACUUUCUCACCGUACCUCGCCGCUCCCGCGGUGAGGCAUUUGCGAUGCUCCUGUUCUGCGGGACCUGGCUAUACGAACUGGUCUACAAAGCCAUGAUGAUGUUCUUCAUGACCGUAUUCGGUGGGGCUAUCGCGGCAGUUAUCUAUAAUGACGGGUUUGAGUCUACGGCUGAAAAGCCAAGUGAUCCAAGUGGUUCGGAUGUGGCCGGGACUGCGUUGGUGGAGAUCGAUGAAUUCACGGCGAUGGUGGGAGUUGACCCGAUUCAGAUCUUCAAGCGAAUUCCUCCCAAAUUUUUGGCUUACUUUGCAGUCCUUGUUUGGAUGAACUUUGGGUCUCUGACUCUCUUUGUUCUUCGGCUUACGUGGAAGUCGGUGAAGGUUGUCUUGGGUACGCCGUCGGCUACUACCUCUGUGGAGAAGCAACAGGAAGAUUGA